AUGAUGGACAACUACAAGUGCAGGCAUGAACAGUUGCCUUAUGCAUUGCUAGGAUACCGAACAACAACUUGGACUUCAACAGGAACAACUCUAUAUUUGCUUGUCUAUGGCAUUGAAGCAAUCAAACCUGCUAAAGUGGUAAUACCGUCACUGAGGAUCAUUCAAGACGUGGAGUUGGAAAACAUAGAGUGGGUCCAAAAUCAAUACGAGCAACUAGCUUUAAUCGAUGAAAAAAGGAUGGUGGCCGUAUGUCACGGUCAAUUGUACCGAUACAGAAUUACUCGCGCCUUCAAAAUGCGAGUAAGAGCUCGACUUUUCCAAAUAGGGCAAAUGGUACUCAAGCGAGUGUUUCCACGACCGGCGAGUACAAAGGAAGUUUACACCCAAUUUGGCGGAGUCAUACGUGGUCCCGUAAGGGUGCUAUUCGAAGGAGCAAUGACACUAGCAGAAAUGGACGACCAAGAGUGGCCCAAAGCAAUUAACUCAAAUGCCAUUAAGCGGUACUACGUGUGA